AUGCUCCAUUAUUUACAGACAGCCACCGCCAACUUGGCCAGGCUAUCAGCCCACAAGCCGAUCCACGUGACGCUAAUCACCUCCUUACUCGUUUCCAUUGCCUACCUCGCCGUGGUAGACGAGUACAUCCCUAGUCUGUUGGAGAACAACGGCUCCGUGAGCUAUUACCACCCCAAGGGCUCCAGCGAUUACCUGAAAUGGAUUCAAAUUGACGAUGUUGCCGCCUACCCGGACGCUGACGCUGUAUCUUUGGUGCCGUUGGUGUUCAGAAGAAAGCACAAUCACGUUUUGCCUAAUGUUCCAGAUACUAUUACUGGCGCCCACUACGAGAAGAUCUUAGUGGUGAAAAGUAAUGCAUUGGACUCGAAGUUGGGCAGCUUGACCAGGAUCACCGCGGACGGCGUCACAUGGAAGGCCCGUUCCCAUAAUAAGGUGGCACGUCUUUUAGAGCAUGGUAAGCUGGCCUACGAGAAGGUCUGCUUCUUGAUCAAGGGUGCCGAAACCUUCGACAUUGGCUUGAUCACCGUUGCAUACAUUGCCAUGGCCUACACAAUUAUCAAGGUGUUUAUCGAUUUGAAGCGCAAGGACUCGUCCCUCUGGUUGGGUUUCUCCAUCAUCAUCUCCUCCACAUUCGCAUUCAUCUUUGCCUUGGCUGUGACGACAAAAAUCUUUGAGACCAAGGUUUCCUUGCUCAGUAUGACUGAAGGUAUCCCCUUUUUAACUGCCAUUAUUGGCUUCAAACACAAAAUUUCCAUUGCCUCCGCCAUCAUCAGUCAGUCGACCUCCAACGUUGAUGUGAAGACCAUUGUCUCGUCUGCAAUUGCCAGCCAUACCACAAGCUUAUUAAGAGACCAUGUUACAGUCAUUAUUGCCUUGCUUCUGGCAUUGUUGUACGCCGCAUCUAUGGAAGGAUUGAGAAACUUCUGUUUGUUAAGCAGUACAAUCUUGGCAUUUGACUUGUUACUCACCUACACCUUCCUUUCUGCUGUCUUCGGAUUAAAGAUUGAAAUCAACAGAGCUCGCAGGACUCACGAUCUUCAAACUGCAUUGGAGGAAGAGGGCAUCUCUUCCUUCGUUGCGGCAUCGAUUGCCAACCGCUCUGCCAAGAAUGAGUACCCUAAGGGCGACUCCCGUACGACCGUCUUGUCUUUCAAAGUCAUGUUGCUUGGAAUCUUUUUUGCUUUCCACGGUUUGUGGUUGGGCAGCUCUUGGUUGUACGGCACCUCAAGUGAGCUCUUCAAUGAUACCACCUCGCUCUCUGAGAUCGCCGCCAAGCAAAUUCAAAUUGGUUCCAAGGGAACUGUUGUGUCUAUUCUCAAACCUCAGGUGUACGUUCCAAACGGCCUUCUUGUCACCUUCGAGGAUCUUCUUUCCACAAUUUUGACCACCAUCUCCAGUGCCAUCAAGGAUAGCUUGAUCUCCAAAUUUCUUUUAUUUGGCUUUGCUAUUUCCAUCUCAUUCAACGCCUACUUUUUGAAUGCCACGCGUUACCAGCGCAAUGCCACCAACAAAUUAGUUGAAAGAGAGAUGUCGAGACCUCAGCUCAGCUCUUUGGCCAAGCCUUCGAGAAAGUCCAAGAAACUGAAGAAGAAGAAGGCCCCUACUUACGACACGGAUGACAGUUCUUCCAACGAUGGUGCCCUCACGUUCAAUGCAUCUGUUAAGCAAUUGCCUCUUGAAGAAUGUAUCAAGCAAUUUUCGGAAGGCAAGGUCAGAGAGUUGAACAACGACGAGGUUUCAUCCUUGGUUGUCUCAGGUAAAUUACCCCUUUAUGCUUUGGAAAAACAGUUAGGUGACAACCUUCGUGCUGUUGUUGUUCGUCGUAAGGCCAUCGCUAAGCUCGCCAAUGCCCCAGUGCUUGACACUGAAAGACUUCCAUAUGCCCACUACGACUAUGAUCGUGUGUUCGGCGCUUGUUGUGAAAAUGUCAUUGGUUAUAUGCCAUUGCCAGUUGGUGUUGCCGGUCCAUUGAUCAUUGAUGGUACCCCAUACCACAUUCCUAUGGCUACUACCGAAGGUUGUUUGGUUGCUUCUACUAUGCGUGGUUGCAAGGCCAUUAACUCUGGUGGUGGUGUUCAGACUAUCUUGACCCAAGACGGUAUGACCAGAGGUCCAUGUGUCUCCUUCCCAUCUUUGGCUAGAGCUGGUGCUUGUAAGCUUUGGUUGGACUCUGAAGAUGGUCAGAGAUCUAUCAAGAAAGCUUUUAACUCCACCUCCAGAUUUGCCCGUUUGCAACAUGUCAAGACCGCUAUUGCUGGAACUUUGCUCUUCAUUCGUUUCAAGACCACCACUGGUGACGCCAUGGGUAUGAACAUGAUCUCUAAAGGUGUUGAACACUCUCUCAGGUUCAUGACGGAGGAGUGCGGUUUUGAUGAUAUGUCUGUUAUUGCCGUCUCUGGUAACUAUUGUACGGACAAGAAGCCUGCUGCGAUCAACUGGAUCGAGGGUAGAGGUAAGUCUGUUGUUGCUGAGGCAAGAAUUCCUAAAGAUGUUGUGCAGAAGGUUUUGAAGUCUGACGUUGACGCGUUGGUCGAAUUGAAUGUCAGCAAGAACUUGGUUGGUUCUGCCAUGGCUGGCUCUGUUGGUGGUUUCAAUGCCCACGCUGCUAAUUUGGUCACUGCUGUCUACUUAGCAUGUGGUCAAGACCCAGCACAAAAUGUGGAGUCUUCCAACUGUAUCACUCUCAUGAACAAGGUCGGAGACGAUCUUCAAAUUUCCGUUUCUAUGCCCUCGAUCGAGGUCGGAACCAUCGGUGGUGGUACCAUCUUGGAGGCCCAAGGUUCCAUGUUGGACUUGUUGGGUGUCCGUGGUCCUCACCCUGAAAACCCUGGUGACAACUCCAGACGUCUUGCCUGUAUUAUUGCAUCCGCUGUGUUGGCUGCUGAACUUUCUCUCUGUUCUGCUUUGGCAGCCGGCCACUUGGUUCAGUCCCAUAUGCAACACAACAGAAGCAAAGCUCCUGGCUCUGCCGAUGCAGCCGCUACAAAGCCCGUGGCCAAUGGUACUACUAACGGUCAAGACUUGAAGCGUCUCAAGGAGGGAUCUGUUAAUUGCAUCAAAUCAUAG